AAACACGCCGCACAAACACCUAAAAUGAAGUUUCUAGCUUAUACGAGAGAAUCUCUCUGAUACUAGUGUUGUGUUAGAGUUGUGAAGGUGCAUCCUGAAUUGUUCUUCGUUCGAUCAAUCGGCUGCGAAAUCAGAAACCGAUCAUAUUCCGCUACGAAAUCAAAAAAUUAAUCAGCAGAUGGCUAGGAAGUCCAUACGGGGGAAGGAAGUGGUAGUGGUUUCUGAUAAUGAUGAUGAUGAUGUUGAUGUUGAUCUUGAUGAAAAUAUCAUCAAAUAUAUCAAACCUGUGUCAGUCUACAAGAGUCUUGAAGCUCGCUCAAAAUACAACCCAUAUUUCCUUCGAAGGUCUUUGAGAUACAUAAUCCAAGCAAAGAAAAAAAAGAGGUCAAAUUCAAGUGGGAAAAUAAGAUUCAACUAUAGGGAUGGCCUGCAACUUCAUUUGAAGUCAUCACAUGACGCCUUUAAUUUUGAUUUUUAUCGGGCAGAGGAAGAUCACGGCCCGGAAGUUGAUGUCUCCGUGAAAAGUGAUACUUUAAAAUAUGGGGUACUAAAAAAUGAUGUAGGAAAUCCCCAAUUGAGCCCUUUGACGUUUUGCUCGAAACAUCGUAACCAAAGAAGCCAAAGAGAUGAUAGCAAUAACGUUAAGCAACUUAAUGUACUCCUUAUGGAGUUGGAUUUGGACGACUUACCUCGUGGCACAGAAAAUGAUCCUACUCAUGUCAAUGAUGAUAAUGUCUCAUCGCCACCAAGAGCUCACUCUUCGGAGCAGACUAGCGACAUUUUAAGUACGACUCAACCAGCCAUAGGUGAGUCUUCUGAACCUAAGGUGCCUUAUUUGAAUGAUGAUAAUGUCUCAUCACCACCAAGAGCUCACUCUUCAGAGAAGAAUCUAUCUACUCGUGUGAAUGAUGAUGAUGAUGUCUCAUCACCACCAAGAGCUCACUCUUUGGAGAAGAAUGAAUCUACUCAUAAGGCUAGCAACAUUUUAACCACGACUCAACCAUCAAUAGCUGAGUCUUCUAAACCUAAGGUGCCUCGUAUCAGUAGAAGAAAACAGUUAUAUGCAAAGCGGUUCAAGGCUAGAGGGACUCAACCAGCAAUAGCUGAGUCGUCUUCUGAACCAAAGGUGCCUCAUGUGAAUGAUGAUAAUGUCUCAUCGACACCAAAAGCUCACUCUUCCGAGAAGGCUAACGACAUUUUAACUACGACUCAACCAGCAAUAGCUGAGUCUUCUGAACCUAAGGUGCCUCAUGUGAAUGAUGAUAAUGUCUCAUCGACACCAAGAGCUCACUCUUCAAGGAAGAAUAAAUCUACUCGUAAGAAUGAUGAUAAUGUCUCAUCGCCACCAAGAACUCGCUCUUCAAAGAAGGCUAGCAACAUUUUAACUACGACUCAACCAGCAAUAGCUGAGUCUUCUGAACCUAAGGCGGCUCAUGUGAAUGACGAUAAUGUCUCAUCGACACCAAGAGCUCGCUCUUCAGAGAAGAAUAAAUCUACUCAAAAGAAUGAUAAUAAUGUCUCAUUGCCACCAAAAACUCGCUCUUCUAAGAAGACUAGCGACAUUUUAACUACGACUCAACCAGCAAAAGCUGAGCCUUCUGAACCUAAGGUGACUCGUGCUAGUAGAAGAAAAGAGUUAUACGAAGAGCGGUGCGAGGCUAAAAGAUUGGAGGGUCUUAAGAGUCGGCAGUUCUAUCACUCCCAAACAAUGCAGCCAAUGACGAUUGAACAAGUAAUGUCUAACGAGGAUAGCGAGAAUGAAACUGAUGAUUUUGCUUUAGAUCUUAACGAACGCCUGAGACUUGAACGUCUUGUGGGUGUGAGCAAAGAGGAAAAGCGAUACAUGUAUCUUUGGAACAUAUUUGUAAGAAAACAAAGGGUGAUCGCAGAUGGACAUGUUCCUUGGGCAUGUGAAGAGUUUGCAAAACUUCACAAGGAAGAGAUGAAGAAUUCUUCAUCUUUCGAUUGGUGGUGGAGAAUGUUUAGAAUUAAACUGUGGAACCAGGGUCUUAUCUGCGCCAACACCUUCCACAAAUGCACUACCAUCCUCCUCAGUAACUCCGAUGAAGAAGGACCAUCCACCUCUGGCAGUGAUGCUAAUGCCAACAAACAACAAUCUAUGGAAGUUGAUGCAGAAUAAGAGUGGCCAUGUAGAUGUUGAGAUCUUUUCUUUCAAGUAUUAGGGAUCAAGACGGAGAUCGCUAUCUGGUUUAUUUCAUUUCUUUCAAUUUAAUUACUGUGUCGAAACCUUUUAGUUCAACCCUCAGAUUAAUAAGGUUAAACUUGAGAU